AUGUCACUAGUUUCCAACCAAGACGUGGUUGUCAAGGAGGAAAAGCCAGAAGUAACGCUGGCACAGAUUCUGAAUGUUCCAGACUUUGUUGAGAAUUACUUGGAUAUUGAUACGAGACUCCGCCUCCGUAAGACGUGCUUCAACAUCCGGAAAAUUAUCAAUGAAAAGCUGCUAAACAUAGACUGUCUCACCUACAAAUUCGAGGGAAGGUUUACCGAGAUUUCUACAAAUGGUGACUUCAAGGUCUCUUACGAAAUCAUUGAAGGAGGACUGAGAGUGAAAUACUGGGAUAAAGAGAAAGUGAUCAAUACGGAUGACGAAGAAGAUCAGGCUGAGAUAAUUCAACGGCAUUUUAUGUCGAUUUUUGGUCAUGAGAAGCUGAGAAUCGACACUUUAAGAAUCGAAGACAGGUCGGGAAGCCGGUCUAGAAUUGGAAAAAGAACACUGCGAAGAACUCUCAACGAACUGUUCAACAAACUGAAGAUCCGCAAUUUGGAGUACUAUACUGUCGUAAUUGAUUCAUUUUUAGUUGUAUUAUUGAGAACGAUAGACCCGGAGCAUCUCAAAUUCCUUCAAAUCGAUAUGCAUACUCUUCUUGAAAAUAAGGAAAUGUUUUACGGAGACUUGUAUGAUCUAGAAGAAUGGAAACGUUUGAAAUCAUUGAACUUUGAUGGGAUGCUGAAGUUUUCUGAAAUUAUCAGCGACUUCACUCAUUUCGAGAACGCUUAUUUGGUGAUUUAUGGAAGCCAGUGGUAUGAUAGAUACAAUCUCUCUGAUCUGCCUUUGCACACUUUUGUAAUGGAGCUUAAAGAUAAACUACUUCAAAAUCCCAAUCUGAAACAACAUCAGUUGAAAAUUCGAAUGCACAGGGAGGAUUCUGAUAUUGAAGAUAUUAAAGCGAGUCUUCAACAAUACAACACAGACAAUGCUCCAUUUCCGUGCUGGAUUAGUAUUCCAUACCCGGAUUCUGAUAAGAAAUUGGAGAUGUUGGUGGAUAAGGAAUUCAUUUCAAAUAACCUGAUUAUAUGGUUUAAAGGACCGUGUUAUGUGAAAGGAGAGUGGGAAGAAGAUAGUAGUGAUGAGGAAGAUAAAGAUGAUAGUAAUGAUGAAGAAGAGUAG